AUGCUAGUGACCGCAAAAGGUAGAUGUAAAGCAACAACCAUUCAUGCAAUUAAUGACCUGAGUACUUCAGCAGAAUGGGGUAUCGGUUGGGAUGAAGCUGGCAUAGCCUCGGCUUCCUCCGGUAUGCAGCAGAAUGGAGUAUCGGUUGGGAUGAAGCUGUUGCGCUAUCGCGCCACAUGGGCGUGCAGACCUAUUGCGAGGGCUGAAGAGCGAGGAUUUCGAGACUGGGUAGUGAAUGAGCCCGCUGGCGCUCCUCUCCGUCUAUCAAAGAUCAAGCGAGGGAUUGCUGCUACUGCUUCUGCUGCUGCUGCUGGUGUUGUUGCUGCCGGUGUUGUUGUUGUGGGGUCGCCAUUCGGGGCAGUGUUUUUUGCGCCACACCUCGUGCUCGAUCAGCUCUCGGGAGCAGCAGCAGUAGCAUUAGCAGCAGCAGUAGCAGCAGCAGUAGCAGCAGCAGCAAAUAGCAGCAGCAGUAGUAGCAGUAGCAGUGGCAGUAGCAGUUGCAUUAGCAGCAACACAGUGAUGGUAUGCGCAUCGCCGGCGCUCAUCGUCGUACGACGCCAGUACCAGCCGGUGCUAGCGGUACGCUAUUUGGGUGCGGGUACCGGUGGAACGGCAUCCAGCGGUAAUGGCUCCGGCAACGGUGAUGGAACUGAAAAUGGCAAAAACAACAACAACAACAGCAACAGCAACAGUGGUAGCGGAAGCUUCAACUGUCGGCGAUUGUUUGGAUGUGGACCGCCCGAUGAGGAUGAUUUCAAAGGAGGCCUUCUGAAAGCCAGCGAAGCCGGCAAGAAACCACCUUAUCCAAAAGAGGUCUGCCUUUGCAUCAUCCUUUUCGUUUGUUGUACGUUUUUUGGCACUUACAAAAACUCGGCUCGGCUUAUGAUCUGUGGCGCUUUAGUGGUGCUUCAGCGCUUUGCUCUUUCGUCUCUACCAACACUAUUUACGGCGCCGCUCGAAGUUAUUGCCAGACGCGCUGGGUAG